AUUAAUAUGUUACCGUAAAGUUAUCCCUCUGAGUGCAAAAAAAAUACCCAAAACCCAGUGGCUAAGGCCAGCGCUCGUGUCGCUUCUCUCACUCUGCCCAUCACAGUCGAAGUGCAGAGGCCGGGGUUUAUCGGCCGGGAGAUGCUAUAACAAUGCUUCAGGUUCUCAAUUUAAUCCCUCCAACUCGAAGUCUCGCUCUAUCGACCUCCAUUUCCGAUGACCUAACUCGCUCCGGCCUACCGUUAUUCCGCCCUCGAAACGCAACGCACGAAUGGGCGCUUUUACAGUCCAAGCUCAAGUGCAACAGCAGAUUCUCUUGCCUUUUCUCCGAUAAUCGAAGGGAGGAACAAGCAAGGAAGGCAUUAGAAAGUGCACUUGGGGGAAAGAAAAAUGAAUUUGAGAAAUGGAACAAUGAAAUAAAGAAAAGAGAGGAGAUGGCUGGUGACGGAGGUGGUGGACGAGGAGGUUGGUUCGGAUCAGGCGGGUGGUUCGGUUGGUCCGAUGACCAAUUCUGGUCCGAAGCACAACAGACUAGUCUUGCUGUUUUAGGUAUAAUUGUCAUGUAUCUCAUAGUUGCGAAAGGUGGAAUGUUGCUUGCUGUUAUUAUCAACCCAUUGCUGUAUGCUUUGCGAGGAACAAGAAAUGGAUUGACUUUGGUUACUUCAAAAUUUUUGAGAAAGAACCCUUCAAAUAAUGAUGCUGAGUUUGACGAGAUUUCAAACGAAGACGUCUCGGGCCAUGUCUCUGCUAAAGACAGAGUUGCAAGGAAAUGGAGGAACGAUUGAUCUUUCUUCCCAGUUACUUUUGAUCUUCAUGGAAAAAUGUUUGGCUCCUAGAUUUAGUUUUUCUUUUUUAUGUUGAUACCUUUGAAUCUUUAGAGUUAAUCCUUUCAAACUGGAUGUUUGAGUUUGUUCCCUUCAUAAAAAACAACCCCAAAAGAGAAAGAUUUGAGCUACAUAAUUACUCUUUAAA